AUGUCCCAGCCUCAGAUGGACGUCCGGUCCGUGGGCAGCUGUGUCGCCGCAGUUGUGGCCGCAUAUAAUGACGCUGCGAAGCUGGUCAAGCGUAUCCAGUCGGCCGCCCCUACUACGGCUCCAUCGCCAGUUGCUACGACUUCUCCAGAUUCGCCGGCUAUAGACGAAGCGAGCAAUACCACCGCUCUAGCAGAUCUAGGAGACUCGCUCAUGCUGGGUCCGCCGAUCGUACAGGGCCAGUAUGAAGAGAAUCUGAUGCGACUGGGCAAUGCAUACGCCAACGGCGACCAGAACGCUCGUGAGACGCUCAAGGACGUGGUCAUCAACCUACAACUGACGCUGCUGGCGACCCUGCGCAUGGCGCUGUUGGAUAACCUUGAGCUCGACUUUGCAGCCCUUCAGCGUGCUUCGGACGAGAGCAGAAUCAGUGCGCUGGUCUGUCUCUUCCAGCUCGGCCAGCGUCUCAGCCUGGGGAGUCCAUCUAUGCUCCCGAAGGCUCCCCUGGCAUCCAGCACAUCGCCCACCAGGCCUGCUGCGUUGAGCGACCCCGGAAGCAGCAGCAGUCCCUUUGCUGGGUCUUCUUCCACAGCAGCAGCAACAGACCCCCGGAAACCACCCCCUAUUCCUCCCAUGUCCCCCUCACGGGUGGCCUCGAACUCGAUAUCGUCUGCAGAUCUAGGCAACCGGGUUUCGCGAGAGAGCAACUACACCAACCAUCGGCCACCCAGCAGCAUCAACCCCGUCUCACCACCUCUAACGCCACAACCGAACUACCCUCCUCCUAAAGCCCCCUACAGUCCCAGUGCCGGUCAUGGCCAUGGUGUCAAGACACCGCCCACUCGCCUGGCCGAGUUGCAGGGCUCACAGCCCAUGAUCAGGGAGGAGUCAAACAGAUCCGCAAGCGUAUACAGCGUGCUUUCAUCCAACAACUCCAGCACCAAGGGUGUCGAGGCACCAAUGGACCGGUACAGAUCAAAUCCCAGCAGCGGUGACCCUCAUAUAGAACCAGACCAAAGUGCUGUGGAACUGAGCGCUGGUAUCUUCUCUCGCACCUCCUCCUCCAGAUCAAGUUCCAAUGAUCCCCGCAAGGCCCCCCACCCGGGAACAGAAAAGGUCAUUUCUCAGUUAUCUUCCUCGCCGGGUACGAAAUCCUUACCCAUGUUCAAAUGGAAACCCUUCGCCCGCUCGACAGGCAGCUCUUCAAGCAAGAACAACAGCGCAGACCAACCCAUGCUCCCGCCGCCAGACCUGUACCUCCCCACAGAAGAAAACAACUUCGCGGGAUUCUGUAAGGGAGCCUGGCGGCUGCAGAACAGUAUGAAGAACUCGUUCCGCAUCGACAACCGUCCUGUAGGAAUGUACAUGCUUCAAAGCUCAUGGCACUGUUCCAAGUGUUCCUUUGAAGGAAUUGUGCAAGAAUCCAAAUUCAGCGGGAAAGCUCCCGUUCUAUCCUCCAUGCUUGGCCCGGUCAAAACGUCUAUCAUUCAGGGUAUGCGUGUCCUCCAGAUGUUUGACCAGACGGUUCAUCUUCAUGGACCAAGUGGGAACAGAUACCGAUGGAUCUUCCUGGCUAAAUCUCACGUUGAGUGCAAGCCUCCCAAACCAACUGAUAAGGUGGUAUGUGGGUUCGGAUGCAUAUUCUGCAGUGCACAGAACCAUGGGCCCGCCCCGAUAUAUGGCAACCUAGAUACAUUUAUGGAACAUCUGCGAGAACAUGGAGGGAGAGGGUACGCUUGGGACAGGAAGAAACCGAGCCAGCCGCUCUUGGACUGGACGAGGUGCAUCCUUGGGCGUAUUGCUGAUGAUUCUGAAGAUUUCGAUAUUAAUAUACCCACCGUGGCAGAAGUGGGGGGUUAA